AUUGGUUCAUGCAAAUGGAACACUUCCAUAAAAUUUGAAUAUAUACAAGUAGAUGAUAUAGACAUAUCAUUGUUUUUCUGACAUCGUUUACUAUGAUAAUCUUUUUUUAAAAUAUCAUUAUGCAUACAUUUAUGAGGUACUAAGACACUGAGCACAGAACUCAGAUAGUAGAAAAAUGGUAAAAGGUCUAAACUAAAAAAGUCCAAUUUUAUUUGUAUAAAUAUACAUUUUGUAUGUAUUUAAAAAUAACUUAAAUAUGAAAACGAAGACAGAGUACAAGUAAACAUAACAUAAUAUUUUACAUAUCUAUCUAGUAUAUAAACAUAACUAUAUCUAUAAAUAUAUUAAAUUUGGUGUAGGUUGAAUAGUAUUUAAGGAAAGGAGACAUAAAAAACAAACAAAAUAACUUAUAAUUAAAAUGUAUAGAACAGGGAACAUAGUAAUAUUUAAAUUAUAAAUCUAAUUCAACACACUAUAAUUUAAGAUCAAUAUUUUUAACAUCGUUUACUAUGAUAAUCUUUUUUAAAAUAUCAUUAUGUAUACAUUUAUGAGGUACUAAGGCACUGAGCACAGAACUCAGAUAGUAGAAAAAAGGUAAAAGGUCUAAACUAAAAAAGUCCAGUUUUAUUUUUAUAAAUAUACAUUGUGUAUGUAUUUAAAAAUAACUUAAAUAUGAAAACGAAGACAGAGUACAAGUAAACAUAACAUAAUAUUUUACAUAUCUAGCUAGUAUAUGAACAUAACUAUAACUAUAAAUAUAUUAAAUUUGGUGUAGGUUGAAUGGUAUUUAAGGAAAGGAGACAUAAAAAACAAACAGAAUAACUUAUAAUUAAAAUGUAUAGAACAGGGAACAUAGUAAUUUUUAAAUUAUAAAUCUAAUUCAACACACUAAAAUUUAAGGUCAAUAUUUUUAAAAAAACCUUGGUACAAUUGUGCACAAAUAAGGUAACCAAAAAAUUUGAUUAAAAAAAUAUACAUAAUAUCUGAAAGUAUUCCAGCUGAUUUGGUAAUUUCAUUAAAUUCAUCGAUUUUUGUUGAAUACCACUACAUUGAUGAUUUACUUUGAUAAGAAACUGUUUAAAAAAGUAGUGGAUGUAAAAAUAAAAACUGUGUAAAACGUAUAAAAUAUUAUACUAAGUGUAAAUACUCGUCAAUAAUAUAAGAAUAAUAUAAGAAUAAUUCUUUAAUAGCAUAUAUACAAAUAUCAUAUUAUAUAGUAUACAUUACAUUGCAUAACAGUGCAAUACUAGGCCUUACGUACUCUACCAGUAAAAUAAUAACACUAAUUUCAAUUUUAAAUGUGAUUUUAUACACACAUUCUUUUCUCAAUACGUUUUCCUUACAUGUAUCAAAAAAUAAAAAGGGAAAACCCCAGAAAUUCACAAAUUUUAAAGGUGUUUUACGUUUAAAAGCAUUUAAAUUCGAACUUAAAAUAUAAUAUAAUAUGUUAAAAUAUGACAUGUAAUACAAUUUUAAAAAUAAUAAAAUAGGAAUACUCUUACUCCAAAAAUUACGGUUACGGUUUAAAGGUUACGGUUCGAAACGAUCCGAACUAGAAAACCGGUUAAACUGGUUUACGGCAAAUCGCAGAUUUUUCGAAAGAUUUAAAAAAAUUCAACGUACAACACCGCGGCCGAAAAACUGCUACAAAUUGCGGUACGGCUUGGUACCCAUAAGAUACACGGUAGAAAUCGUGGAAUUGGCGAAUAAUAUUAUUACAACUGGCCCGCGCGGGCCAGUCGUACGAAAUUAUCGAAGGCGAGUUGGGAAUUUUGUUAAUUUCCUAUUGGAAACUGUCCACGAGCGAUCUCGAAUCGUACGACGAACACGCGAAACGGUCAUCGUGAAAAGCGGUGUUCGCGUAGGGCAGUCUAAUGUCUUGGAGGAAGAACGGAGCGCCAAAAUCACCAAGUCGAAAGAUGCGACUUUGAAAGAGACCGCCAUGUACCUGAUGGAUUGCGUGUACGUUUGUACUCGAAUCAUAAACCAAAAAUACAAAAAUAUACGAAAUAUAAAGUGUAAACAGUAAAGAAUGUAUAACUGUAUAGUUAAGUUUUAUAAUUGCAUAAUUAUUUAUUAGGCUGUAACAUAACAUGACGUACACAAUAAAUAAAACAGUAUAUAUUCAAAUAUAAUUUAAAUCAACAAAGCAAAUGAGAUGAUGUAACACAAUGUAAAAUUUAUUGAAGAUGACCGGGUAUAUUAAUAUUAAUAUUAAGAUAAACGACUUUUAAGUGUUUUUAAAAAUAUUUUAUUUAUGUAAAUUUUAACCUAUAAUUUAGCCUUAAUUAUUUCUUUAAUAAUUACUCGUGUAUAAAAAUAUUUUUAAAAUAGCAUAACAAGAUACACAUUCACAAACGAAAAAAAAUUAUUUUUCAUGUUAAUAAUUAUUUCAAAACAUUGACUGGUGAUAAAGGUAAACCAGAAAUUAGUAAUUUUUUUCGUCAAUCGUGAAAUGACUGCUGAAGCGUGUGGCGUAAGUCUUGAUUAUGUUAAACGAGUUUGCGCUGAAGGGAAAAAAUUAUCUGUGGGUGAAAAUCAACUAGCUGCCAAACCUUCUUUCUUUAAGUCUCCAAGGAAAAGUUAUAAACAUGCCAAACCUAUGACCAACUUAAACGAUUUUAACAAUGACGUUGUCAGAAGAACAGUUCAUAGUUUUUAUGAUAAUGGUCAGUAUCCAACUAGUGAAAAAAUAUUGGGAGCGUUGCAUGAAAAAAUUAAUUAUUCGGAUUCACAAUGGUCCGUGCGACAUAUUUUGCGUAAUUUAAAUUUCAAAUACAAAAAAUGUAAUGACGGGCGUAAAUUUUUAAUGGAAAGAAAUGAUAUUAUUUGUUUUCGGGUUAAAUUUUUGAGAAAAAUGAACGAGUUUAGACGUAAUAACGACACAAGGCCAAUAUUUUACUUAAACGAAACAUGGGUAAACCAAAAUCAUACGUGAGGACACAUAUGGCAAAACUCCGACAACACCGAAGGAUUAAAAGUACCUAUUGGAAAAGGCUUAUUGUGUGUCAUGCUGGGUCACCUUCAUUGGGUUUCGUCAAAAAUUCAAAACUGGUUUUUCGUUGCAAGUCGGGAUCGCAGGCAGACUAUCAUUCUCAAAUGAACGCGACUAUUUUUCAUAAAUGAUUUAUAAAUAUAUUGGGCAAUUUAGAAGAACCUUGUAUAAUUGUGAUGGACAAUGCCACAUACCAUUCUACCUUAACAGAAGAAUAUCCUAAGGCAAAUACUUGAAAGGCGGAUGUACAAAAAUGGUUACAAGACAAGUCUGUGAACUUUUCUCCAGUAAAGACUUUAACCGAACUACGGGAAAAAGUCAAAUUGACGAUGCCAAAAGAAAAAAUAUAUAACUAGGACGAAAUUGCACUUCAAAUGGGCCAUGAUGUGGUAACACUUCCUCCUUACCACUGCCAAUAUAACCCAAUCGAAUUAAUUUGGGCGCAAGCUAAGGGUAAAAUCGGGGGAAAAAAUAACCCCUUCAAAAUGGUGUAAAUAGGAGUCCAAUAGGUUAUAAGUCAAAAAUAUAUGUAUCGUUAUUUUUACGAAAAAUAUGUAUGCGACGAUGCUAAAGAUAACGAUUAUUAUGACGAACAUUGUCGAUAACGACAGAUAACAUUAAAUGUACACAUUACACAUUCAACCGUAUAUUUUUAGGUCCCACUAAGGUAAGUACACACGUAGAGGAAAUCCUCAAGAUUUGAACUGCGCUGUCCAGUCCUUGAGGAUUUCCUUCACGUGGAUAGGAUUGGCCUUGAGGCCUAUGUUAGCCUGUGCAGUCCGAAAAUCCUUUUCGAAAUUCAAUAAAGAAAAACUGUGCAAGCCAUACUGUACAGUUCAAAUUCGCACGUGUGGAGGCACUGUGGGGUCUACCUUGAGGAUUCAUGCGAUAUCACUUAUUAUUUUAAUUUUGUUUUGUUUGUUUCUGCGUGUGCACCUUUAAAUAAACUACCGUUUAAAAUGAGCCGGGAAUUUAUUGAAGAAUUUAUUAAACUUAAUGAAUGUGAGCCUUAUCCUUGGCACAUCAAAUCAAAAUAUAACCAUGACAGGAACAAAAAAAGAUUCUGCGUAUGCCAAAUUAGUCAACAAACAGAGAGAAGUUGAACCAAAUGCUACAAAGAACGUAAUAAACAAAAUGAACAAUAUGAAAAGCGCUUAAAGAAAGGAGAAUAAAAAAAUAAAAGUCUGGUGCAUCAACAGACUCCGUGUACAAAUCAAAAUUGUGGUACUUCCCAUUGUUGAGGUAAGCUUAAUAUAUUUUUCAUAUAAUAGUUCAAAUUGAUUUUUACUAAAUUAAUUAAUUAAUAGUUGUGUUAAUAUUUUUUAUGAUGAUUAUGACCACAGUAUUUUAGAAAACGUGAGUAAUAAUUAUAAUUAAAUAGGAAUUCUAAAGCAAUCAAAUAUAUAUAUUGUAAUGUAAUGAUAUGCUAUUUAAGCUACCAUACAUUAUGUAAAAUAAAAUAUUAUAUAAGAAAUAAAUCAAACAAUUAAUAACGGAAAUGAUAGUUAAACAUUUACAUCCGAUGCCAUUCUUUUUUCUUAUCAAAUAACAUAUAUUUUAGUGCGAUAUUUACUCAUCGUAAGGAGAUAAUACUUAAGCUAUCAUAUAAAAUUAAAAUAAAUUAUAUAAUCAAUAUUGUAAAAUAAUUAUAAUAAUUUGUAGCCAUUAAUUAUUAGAUUAAGUUGUUAGUAUUAACCAAAUUAAGAUAACACAUUUACACACGCACACACACAUAGAUCUCCAGUUAUAAGGAGGCCGGCCACUUCUAAUCAUUCACAGUGUAUGUAUUGUUCCCGUUGCUUUUGGACAGAUGAUCACAAGCGAGUGUAAAAGACUACGCAGAGAUUCUUACAAAAGCACAGGAACCUAGAACAGUGUUUUAUAUUUAAAAAUUUAAUAAAAAAGAAACAGUUGUUAUAUUAAAAAUCUUUUUAUUUACUACGGUCACCUUUAUCAAAUUCAACAGAUCAAUUUGCCGCCUGAAGAAGAAAGGUAAUCAAAUUUAUAAUUAACUUACACGUGUGAAUCAAUUUUAUAUAAUUAGGCUNAAAUCGUCAAGGGACGCAUUCCUCAGAGGCCUUACAACUGGACAAAAGGAGCCGUCUGGUAAGGGAGAACGGAUCAUUGUUGUGCACAUCAGGUCAUCUGAAGGUUUUGUUGCUGGCGGUCUAUUUUGCUUCGAAUCCAAAAAAAAUUCAUAAGAUUAUCAUUACGAAAUUAACGGUGAUAAUUUUUAUGAAUGGUUCAACACAAAUUUACCGUUGUUGAACGACAAUACCGUAAUCGUCAUGGAUAAUGCGUCAUAUCAUUCGGUGAAGAAGGACCCUUGCCUCAAUAUGUCUUGGAAAAAAAAAGAUAUUUUUGAAUUACAACAGUAACCGGCCGUAUACAUGAUACGUAUUUUUAUAUACUUUGUAUGUACUGAAAUAUUUCACCAAACAAGACCAAAGUCAGACCAAGAGUAACCGAUAAAGUAGACGAGUUCGACUAAAAUGCUAUCGGGCAAAAAGUCCAUUAGUUUUAGCACAACCAUCAAAUUCCAACAUCGAAUAAAAUGUUAUCCGCAGUCAAUGAAGAUAAUAGUUUGCCGAAUUUUUCCAAAAUGAGUUUGUACAGAGUUCUAAAACAUCUGAAUUUCGAGUAUAUCCGUAAGUCUCAUAAUAGCGAUUUAAUUGAACGGAAUGAUAUAGUAUAUUAGCGCCGAUAUUUAGAAACUAUUGAACAUUACAGUCAGUUAGGACCUAACUGUAUAUUUGUCUACCUGUUAGGUAGACAAAUAUAUUACCUAGAUAAAACAUGGUUGAAUGCAGGCGAAACCACUUCAAAAUUAUGGAUGAAUAAUACAGUAAAAUCGUCAAGGGACGCAUUCCUCAGAGGCCUUACAACUGGACAAAAGGAGCCGUCUGGUAAGGGAGAACGGAUCAUUGUUGUGCACAUCAGGUCAUCUGAAGGUUUUGUUGCUGGCGGUCUAUUUUGCUUCGAAUCCAAAAAAAAUUCAUAAUAUUAUCAUUACGAAAUUAACGGUGAUAAUUUUUAUGAAUGGUUCAACACAAAUUUACCGUUGUUGAACGACAAUACCGUAAUCGUCAUGGAUAAUGCGUCAUAUCAUUCGGUGAAGAAGGACCCUUGCCUCAAUAUGUCUUGGAAAAAAACAGAUAUUUUUGAAUUACAACAGUAACCGGCCGUAUACAUGAUACGUAUUUUUAUAUACUUUGUAUGUACUGAAAUAUUUCACCAAACAAGACCAAAGUCAGACCAAGAGUAUCCGAUAAAGUAGACGAGUUCGACUAAAAUGCUAUCGGGCAAAAAGUCCAUUAGUUUUAGCACAACCAUCAAAUUCCAACAUCGAAGAAAAUGUUAUCCGCAGUCAAUGAAGAUAAUAGUUUGCCGAAUUUUUCCAAAAUGAGUUUGUACAGAGUUCUAAAACAUCUUAAUUUCGAGUAUAUCCGUAAGUCUCAUAAUAGCGAUUUAAUUGAACGGAAUGAUAUAGUAUAUUAGCGCCGAUAUUUAGAAACUAUUGAACAUUACAGUCAGUUAGGACCUAACUGUAUAUUUGUCUACCUGAUAGGUAGACAAAUAUAUUACUUAGAUAAAACAUGGUUGAAUGCAGGCGAAACCACUUCAAAAUUAUG